AUGUUCCAGGUUGCGAUCAUCACCGGAGCCGCCACCGGCAUCGGCGAGUGCAUGGCCAGAGUCUUCGUCAAGCACGGUGCCAAGGUCAUUGUUGCCGAUAUCUUGGACGGACCCGGCAGCCGAGUCUGCGCGGAGCUGGGCCAAGACGUCGCCACUUUUGUCCACUGUGACGUGACCAACGAAUCCGACGUCGAAGCCGCUGUCAACACCGCCAUUUCCCUCCACGGAAAGCUCGAUAUCAUGGUCAACAACGCGGCUAUCGCUGAGGAACCCAAGCUCAGCAUCCUCGACAAUGACAAGGCCGAGUUCGAGCGCGUGGUCGCUGUCAACCUCACCGGCGCAUUCCUCGGCGCAAAGCACGCGGCUAGAGCCAUGAUCCCAGCCCAGUGCGGUAGCAUCAUCACGGUUGGCAGCGUGUGCUCGGCCGUUGGAGGCGUGGCCACCCACUCGUACACGAGCUCGAAGCACGCGGUGGUGGGGCUGACAAAGAACGUGGCAGCAGAGCUCGGUGAAUAUGGGAUUAGGACAAAGCUAACGGUUGAUUUGUUCAAGAUGGACUACAGGGAGGCUUUGCGGGUUUAUUCGAAUCUGAAGGGGGUGGCGCUCCGGCCGGAGGACGUGGCGGAUGCGGCGGUGUUUCUGGGAAGUGAUGACUCGAGGUAUGUGAGCGGGCACAAUUUGGCGCUUGAUGGGGGUUUCACUGCCAUAAACCCCGCUUUUGGCUUGUUUGCAAAGACAAAAGUGAUGGAUUAG